CGUGUCAGCUCCUGGUUCCUCCGGCCCAGGCCUGGAGCACUGUCCCCUCCUCUCUGCACACACAGCCCUUUCCCUGAGCCCAGCAUAGGUUAUGAAUGUGUCUUUGAGCUAAAGCCAUUGGGCUUUUUAAUUUCAGGUUACACUCCUGGCACACCUUACAAAGUGUCCUGUUCACCCACCAGUGGAACGGUGCCACCCUACUCCUCCUCCCCGAAUCCUUACCAGACUGCUGUGUACCCUGUGCGAAGUGCCUACCCUCAGCAGAGCCCGUAUGCACAGCAAGGCACGUACUACACACAGCCCCUGUAUGCAGCGCCCCCCCACGUCAUCCACCACACCACAGUGGUGCAGCCCAAUGGUAUGCCGGCAACAGUGUACCCUGCGCCGAUCCCCGCUCCCAGAGGCAAUGGGAUGACCAUGGGUAUGGUGGCUGGGACCACGAUGGCCAUGUCAGCAGGUACCCUGCUGACUGCUCACUCCCCAACUCCUGUUGCCCCCCACCCAGUCACUGUGCCAACUUACCGGGCUCCAGGAACACCCACGUACAGCUACGUGCCCCCUCAGUGGUGAUCACCCUGCAGAUGUUUGAGGAUGGAGCUGUGCAGUCACUUCAUUGAGGUUUCACAGCGGUGCUGCAGGCCUUGUGCCUCCAACCAGGACUCUCUUCCUAAUGCUCUCAACACUUAGCUAAGCACUACAACCUUCUGGCCAGCAGGUCCCAGCACUGGUAGUCUUCAACUAACUGUGGGUUGGUUUUAAAGCAAAUCCUGUUUUGUGGACUGUGUGGCGAUUUUUUAGCUAACUAUAGUGAUAAAAAGGGAGUAUUAAUCUAUUCUGAACCAUAUCUAGUUGAAUGCAUGUUUUAAAAAAACACACAAAAACAAAGCUUGCUCAAUCUACCUGCAGUGACUGAUACAAAACCAUCAUAUGCAAAAUCCAAGGGAAUGGACAAGUAUUUUACAGCUUGUAUCACUAAUGCACUGUUGUAAUGUAUUCAAAGUCUUAUAAGUGUAAAAGUGAAUUUUUCCAUAGACUAUCUAAAAUACCCGAGGUGGCUCUUCACCUUUUGGGUUGAUGUGGGUUACCAUUUAGGAACAUGGGCUUUAGUUUUCAACGGUCUUUUUCUUUCACACUGACAACACUUGGCAGAGGAAAUCAUGGGAUGGGGAGAAUUGGAGAGGCUGCAGCUUCCUGGAGUGUGGCAUGCCAGGUUUACGGGCCCCCUUCCUUUCCAUAUAGGCUUGGUGAGGUCUGUAUGAUAUGGGCGUUUUUUAAAGAUCAUCACCGAGUACUGUUGCCUGGCCAGUACAUUUAGGGGCAGAGUGCUGAUUUAUGUAUCAGCAAAGUAACUUUAUCUGCUAUCUAAUUUUUAAUUACAACUCUCUUAGAAAUAAGAGGUGAUGUUUCCCGUACCUGUAGUGGAGCUGUCCGGCAUAGAACUAAAUUAUUGUCCUGCCUGGGGAGAUGUGUGCAAAAGGAAUGGUCCCUGUUGGUAAGAGGCCUUGACCUCGGAACUUUAUUUAGCUUAGAAAAUAAUUCUAUUUUUCUGCCCCUGAGAAAUGUUAAGUCAGCUGAAGAACAUGUAUAGUUGUUCUCAUCCCUCUGGCCCCCCAACACACACAAAGAAGGGCAAAGAGUAUGUGUUAUAAAGAAAGCUGAAUAUUUAAGAAUUACUAAAAGGGAACAAAACUAUUUAAAAGUUACAGCCAUGGUUAAAACGUAGUGAGUGGCCCCCGAGGCUGGCUGCAGGGGAUCUGAGGGCAAAGGGUGGUAUCUGGUCUGUGCGUUGCACCCACUAUCUCUUGCAACUGAAGGCAUUUAGCAUGGAACCAGCAUGGACUGCAGGAAGAGCCAGCCAGCAUCGGAAUGCGUUUAUGCUGACCAUAAUCAUCAAGAAAGGAUUUUGAUCUUAAAGUCAGAGUAUUGCACAUAAGACGUCAAGAGGGUUGUGUGUCUCUCCCCACACACACACACACACACAACACACUUAAAUAUGCUCAUCUUAAAAUGAUGGUGGUGCGUUUCGGUAGUCACAGAUGUAAGCAGCGGGCGGGUGGACAUUGUGCUCUCUCAAUUGUCCUUUCAACUGCAGGGCUGGGACCCUCUUUACAUCCGAUGGUUGUUCUGAGUGCCACAUUUCGGGGAGGGGUUCUGUUUCCAUGCCUCUAGAAGCAAGGCCAGGGGAUCCGAUGCUGGUUGGGAGGCUCCCCCUUAGAUGGUUGGCAGGAUAUCUGCCCCCUGAGACUUUGGUCCCUCCGUUUUAUAGUAAGUAAUUAUCAUGAUGCUUUUUAAAUGAGAAGCUUAGAAAUAUUUUUGCCAUGAUCACCGUAAACAAAAUUCUUUAUUCCUAAUGUCUGUUUACUGAUAAAUACUUUUAACUUGUUUUAUGAGCACUUAACCCACGUGUGUGUGUGCCUGACAUUUGCCCCAAGUACACAGCUUGAAUCUGUUCAUUUAAAAAAAUCAUUGUCGAUAAUUCGAUGUGUAUAGUUCAUGGGUUUACAAUAAAAGGUUCCAAGGACUCUGGGGGCCAACAUGA